AUGAAACUUCUCGCGACUUUCAACUUCAUCACUGCGGCUCUUGCUGCCAGUCGAACAACCGCCCCUAGCGGAUGUAUAACUGUGAAGAAGUCUCCAGGAAGCGGCCAGUUCGGCACCAUCCAAGCUGCAGUCAAUUCUCUGUCCACAUCAGCUUCUGGAACACAAUGCAUCUUCAUUGACCAAGGAACCUACAGCGAGCAAGUGCUUGUCUCCAGUCGCAAUGCUCAGUUGACCAUCUACGGAUACACCGGUGAUACCAGCGGCUACAGCGGCAACAAGGUCACCAUCACGGCCAAAAAGAGCCAAGCAGAUGGUGUCAACAACGACGCAAGUGCCACGCUUCGUGUCAAGGCUGCCAACUUUAAGCUCUACAAUGUCAAUGUUGCCAACACCUAUGGUAAAGGCAGCCAGGCUGUUGCUCUGAGCGCCUAUGCUGAUAGCGGAUACUACGGAUGUGCUCUUACCGGAUUCCAAGACACCCUCCUCGCCAAUGAGGGCUAUCAGCUCUACUCUCGCUGCCUCAUCCAAGGCGCCACUGACUUUAUCUUCGGCCAGCGAGCUUCUGUCUGGUUUGAGAAGAAUGACCUCCGAGUCGUUACUGCCAACGUUGGCUACAUCACUGCCAACGGGCGCGACUCUGAUUCGAACAUGUCAUACUACGUCUUCAACAACUGCAACAUCGCCGCCGCAGCCGGCAACACCGUCGCCAACGGUGCAUACUACCUCGGCCGACCUUGGAGACAGUAUGCUCGCGUCGUCUUCCAGAAGACCAGCAUGAGCUCCGUCAUCAACUCCAAGGGCUGGUCUAUCUGGAACACCGGUGAGGAGAACACUGCUCAUGUUUUGUUCGGAGAGUUCGGUAACACUGGCGCGGGAUCUUCCGGCCAGCGUGCUUCGUUUGCUACUACGCUCUCGAAUGCUGUUUCCAUCUCGACUGUCCUUUCAGGCAACUACGCCUCCAAGGGAUUCUACGAUGGCUCUUACAUGUAA